CGGGCGCUCGCUCCCUGCCGAGCGCUCGUCGCCCGCCCGAGCCUCUGCCAGGGGAUGAGGUGGGAGGCGCUAGAAACCACUUAGCUACAGCCAACCGCCCAAUGCAGCAUUCGCUCGCUCCCCCCGCCAGCGGAAGCGCCCGCGGAGCACAAUGCAGCACUGAGGCAGCGCCACAGUGGAGGCUGCAGCGCCGCGGCAUCCGCAGCACCGGCUGGGGCUGGGAGGGGGCGGCCGCGGGGACCCGCGAGGCGCGGAGCCGGGGAGCCGCACUCGGACUCGGCUGCCCGGGCAUGAGGAGCUGAGCGCCUCGGGCGAGGCGGGCUGACGGCAGCACCAUGCAGGCGUCGGCGGCCGCGUCCGUGCCCUUCUUGCUGCUCUGCGCCCUGGGGACCUGCCCCACGGCGCGCUGCGGCCAGGCAGGAGACACCUCACUGACGGAGCUGGAGAAGGGGAACGAAAACCGCUUCCAGGAGCGCCAGAGCAUCGUGCCGCUGCGCCUCAUCUACCGCUCGGGUGGCGAAGACGAAACUCGGCACGACGCGCUGGACACCCGAGUGCGAGGCGACCCAGGCGGCCGGCAGUUGACUCACGUUGACCAGGCAAGCUUCCAGGUUGAUGCCUUUGGAACUUCAUUUGUUCUUGAUGUCAUGCUGAACCAUGAUUUGCUAUCUUCUGAAUAUGUAGAGAGACAUAUUGAACAUGGAGGCAAGAUUGUGGAAGUUAAAGGAGGAGAGCACUGUUAUUACCAGGGCCAUAUCCGAGGAAACCCUGCCUCGUUUGUUGCGUUGUCAACAUGCCAUGGACUUCAUGGGAUGUUCUAUGAUGGGAACCACACGUAUCUCAUUGAGCCAGAAGAAAACGACACUUCUCAGGAGGAUUUCCAUUUUCAUUCGGUUUACAAAUCCAGACUGUUUGAAUUUCCCUUGGAUGAUCUUCCAUCUGAAUUCCAACAAGUAAACAUCACUUCACCAAAAUUCAUUUUGAAGCCAAGACCAAAAAGGAGUAAGCGACAGCUUCGGCGAUACCCUCGUAAUGUAGAAGAAGAAACCAAAUACAUCGAGCUGAUGAUUGUGAAUGACCAUCUCAUGUUUAAAAAACAUCGGCUUUCCGUUGUAUAUACUAAUACUUAUGCAAAAUCUGUGGUGAACAUGGCAGAUGUAAUAUAUAAAGACCAACUUAAGACCAGGAUAGUAUUGGUUGCCAUGGAAACCUGGGCGGCUGACAACAAGUUUGCCAUAUCUGAAAAUCCACUGAUCACCCUACGUGAAUUUAUGAAAUACAGGAGGGAUUUUAUCAAAGAGAAAAGUGAUGCAGUUCACCUUUUUUCGGGAAGUCAAUUUGAGAGUAGCCGGAGCGGGGCAGCUUAUAUUGGUGGGAUAUGCUCGUUGCUGAAAGGAGGAGGCGUGAAUGAAUUUGGGAAAACUGAUUUAAUGGCAGUUACACUUGCCCAGUCAUUAGCCCAUAAUAUUGGUAUUAUCUCAGACAAAAGAAAGCUAGCAAGUGGUGAGUGUAAAUGUGAGGACACGUGGUCUGGAUGCAUAAUGGGAGACACCGGCUAUUAUCUUCCUAAAAAGUUCACCCAGUGUAAUGUUGAAGAGUAUCAUGACUUCCUGAAUAGUGGAGGUGGUGCCUGUCUUUUCAACAAACCUUCUAAGCUUCUAGAUCCUCCUGAGUGUGGCAAUGGCUUCAUUGAAACAGGAGAGGAGUGUGACUGUGGGACCCCUGCUGAAUGUGUCCUUGAAGGAGCAGAGUGUUGUAAGAAAUGCACCCUGACCCAAGACUCUCAGUGCAGUGAUGGUCUUUGCUGUAAAAAGUGCAAGUUUCAGCCUAUGGGCACUGUGUGCCGAGAAGCAGUAAAUGAUUGUGAUAUUCGUGAAACAUGUUCAGGAAAUUCAAGCCAGUGUGCCCCUAAUAUUCAUAAAAUGGAUGGAUAUUCUUGUGAUGGUGUUCAGGGAAUUUGCUUUGGAGGAAGAUGCAAAACCAGGGAUAGACAAUGCAAAUACAUCUGGGGGCAAAAGGUGACAGCAUCAGACAAAUACUGCUAUGAGAAACUGAAUAUCGAAGGGACCGAGAAGGGCAACUGUGGGAAAGACAAAGACACCUGGAUACAGUGCAACAAACGGGAUGUGCUAUGUGGUUACCUUUUAUGUACCAAUAUUGGUAAUAUCCCGAGGCUUGGAGAACUCGAUGGUGAGAUCACAUCUACUUUGGUUGUGCAGCAGGGAAGAACAUUAAACUGCAGUGGCGGGCAUGUUAGGCUUGAAGAAGAUAUAGAUCUUGGCUAUGUGGAAGAUGGGACACCGUGUGGUCCCCAAAUGAUGUGUUUAGAACACAGGUGUCUCCCUGUGGCCUCCUUCAACUUUAGUACUUGUUUAAGCAGUAAAGAAGGCACUAUUUGUUCAGGAAAUGGAGUUUGCAGUAAUGAGCUGAAGUGCGUGUGUAACAGACACUGGAUAGGUGCUGACUGCAACACUUACUUUCCUCACAAUGAUGAUGAAAAGACUGGUAUCACUCUGUCUGGAAAUGGUGUUGCUGGCACCAACAUUAUAAUAGGCAUAAUUGCUGGCACCAUUUUAGUGCUGGCCCUCAUAUUAGGAAUAACUGCGUGGGGUUAUAAAAACUAUCGGGAACAGAGACAGUUACCCCAGGGAGAUUAUGUAAAAAAGCCUGGAGAUGGUGACUCUUUUUAUAGCGACAUUCCUCCUGGAGUCAGCACAAACUCAGCAUCUAGUUCUAAGAAGAGGUCAAAUGGGCUCUCUCAUUCUUGGAGUGAAAGGAUUCCAGACACAAAACAUAUUUCAGACAUCUGUGAAAAUGGGCGACCUCGAAGUAACUCUUGGCAAGGUAACAUGGGAGGAAACAGAAAGAAAAUCAGAGGGAAAAGAUUUAGACCUCGGUCUAAUUCAACUGAGACUUUAUCUCCUGCCAAGUCUCCUUCUUCAUCAACUGGGUCUAUUGCCUCCAGCAGAAAAUACCCUUAUCCAAUGCCUCCACUUCCUGAUGAGGAGAAGAAGGUGAACCGACAAAGUGCCAGGCUAUGGGAGACAUCCAUUUAAGAUCGACUGUUUACAUGUGACACAUCAAAACUGUUUACUUCAACUUUUAUAGAAACCCAGCCUCACGGAGUCACUGCAAAUCUAUCUGCUCUUCAAGACAAUACAAAGAUCCUCUGAGAUGUCACAGGGGAGAGGAAUCUCACUCUCACAUCUGGAUACCAUUUUCUUUUUGUCAUUGGCUUAAGAUUUAACUGAACCAGAAAAAGAACUACUGAAAUGUUACAGUCUAACAUGGAACCAUAAAGGUACUGGUAUGUUAGAGGAUAAUCCGCAUGACAGAUAAUAUGUAGAAAUAUCAAUAAAAUUAACUCACAAGACCCAAAUGUAGCAAGUUUCCUAAGGGACAAUAGUGGAUUCAGAACUUGACAUUCUGAAGCACAUCCUUAUUGUAAACAGUAAUGCUGUAUGCAUGAAGCUUCUGUUUAUUGUUUUCCGUAUUUCAGGAAACAACAUCCUACAAUAGAAACCAGCAUGCAGGGCUAAGGCAUAUAGGAUUCUUCUGCAGGACUUUAAAGCUUUGAGAGGCCAAUAUUCCAUAUGCUAACUUUAAACAUGUAUUUUUAUUUUUGUUUUGUUUUUUACUUUUCAUAUUUAUAUCAGCCUACAAGGACAACUGUAUAUAUGUAAACAUUUUUAAAA